AGUUAUUUAGGUAUUUCCACAAUGCACGAAUUAAUUUUUAAAACGUGGUCAGAGAUUUUUUGUUCUGCUGGCGUUUUCUAAAAACUAAAGACAGAUCUCCACUAAAAUUUGACAUAAUUUGUUCAUGUCUAAAACUAUGAAUAUUUGUCAAAUUAAUUGAUAAAGAAGUGACUCCAUAUCCGAAUUAACUAUAAUCUGCUGUGGAUUUCAGAUACGAGAAAAAAAUUAGCUGGAAUAAGAGGAGGGGGGGAAGUAAGAUUAUUAUUCUUAAACGAUCCAAAAUUUUAACCCUACGGUUAAAAAUUCCCACCCACCACCUUUACCACUCAUUCCAUUCACGCUCACGCCGCAUUUUACCUUCCAACUUCUCCCCCCAUCCGUACAGCACACUCCCGCGCGUGCCUCCUUCGGGAAAACACACGCCGUACUCAAAAUGCCUAACCCACCCUUCAAACUCUGUAGACAAAAACAGUUUUGCUUGGAGAACUACGUAGAAAGGAGAAGAAUUAAAAUAAGAGGAAGGAAAAGUAAACACCCGAGUACACUGUAUGGCUUUGAGUGAAACUGGAAUCAACUACAUUAUUUGAGGGCUUAGGGUCCCUUUUAUACAAAUCAAAGUGCAACGGUUUCCUUGCUAAUCUCUUGGCUACGUUGCUUUCUAAAGGGAAUAGGUCAAACUAGUGACUAGAUCAAAUGCAGAAGUAAAUACAAAAAAAAAAAAUAACGUUUAACAAGAUUAAUCUAACAAACUCUACCUUAUCCACCGCCUAAUCACCACAAACUCAACGUAGAUCAGUAGCAAAUACAAGGGCAAAUCAGUCCAAAGAACCAUUUCAAAAAUUAUGCUCCCGAUAAUCUCGACAGUAACUCAGUCUCUAUAAAUCCUACUAACUAGAUCCCUAAUCACAACCCCUAACCGAACGAUGUCCCCCAAAAUAUCCACCCUCAUCACCACCACUCUCCUCCUCCUCGCCAAGUCCGAAUGCGACACGUCGGCCCGCGGCCAAUGCUUCAACAAACCCGAAGCCCUCCGGCUCAAACUCAUCGCAAUCGCCGGUAUCUUGGUAGCAAGCAUGAUCGGCGUCUGCCUACCGCUAUUCUCCCGCUCAGUGCCGGCCCUGAGGCCCGGCGCCAACAUUUUCGUGCUCGUCAAGGCGUUCGCCUCCGGCGUGAUUCUUGCUACGGGGUACAUGCACGUGUUGCCCGACUCGUUCGAUGAUCUGCAUUCGCCGUGCUUGCCUGAGAACCCCUGGAGGAAGUUCCCGUUCACGACUUUUGCCGCGAUGCUCUCCGCGUUGGUCACGUUGAUGAUCGAUUCGCUUAUGAUGGCGAGGUUCAAUAUAAGGCAUAGCUGUGGACCUGCGUCGGCUGUGGAUCACGAGAGUCAGAAGAGUAAAGAGAGAGUCGCGGCGAACGGAGGUGGUAAGGAUUUGGCACAGGAUCCGACGAUCGCUAGGCAUCGGAUUGUAGCGCAGGUUUUGGAAAUGGGAAUUGUGGUUCAUUCUGUGGUGAUUGGGUUGUCAAUGGGGGCAUCUCAGAGUCCUUGUACGAUUAGGCCUUUGGUGGCUGCGCUUUGUUUUCAUCAGCUCUUUGAAGGAAUGGGUCUCGGUGGUUGCAUCGUACAGGCGGAGUACGGGUUAAAGAUGAAAUCAAUCUUGGCCUUCUUCUUCGCGACUACAACCCCAUUCGGCAUUGCGCUUGGAAUAGCACUGACGAACGUGUACAGCGACAGCAGCCCGACAGCCCUCAUCGUCGAGGGAUUGCUAAACGCGUGCUCGGCUGGGCUGCUGAAUUACAUGGCGCUUGUUGAUCUCUUAGCUGCAGAUUUCAUGGGUCCUAAACUUCAGAGCAGCAUCGGGCUCCAGUUGUGGUCGUUUGCGGCAGUGCUCUUUGGCGCUGGAGGCAUGUCUCUCAUGGCUAAAUGGGCCUAAUAUAAGCUAGUUAAUUGAAUUGUUAGGUGUAUCUAGACACUGCUAAAAAACGGAGUAUGCUAGACAGAAAAUUCCGUCUAGGAAAGUCAAUCAUGAUUAUGAUUUGUUUAGAUCAUGAAUAGAUCGAGAGAUUAACAUUUUUUUUCUAUUUUUUGGCUAGUAAAUGUAGUUUAGAUUGGGAUUUUUUAACGGUUAAGUGUAGCUGUGAUGCAGGGAUAAAUUCACUUCA